AUGGGUAUCCUGCGACUACCAGUGAUGGUCGAAGAUGGCAGUUGGGUUUUAGCCAACAUUUUUAUCGACGAAGGAAGCGACUCGACUCUAAUGCGCAGUGCGUUUGCCAAGGCCCUGAGGCUUCGUGGGCCACCUCAGUUUCUAACCGUGGAUGGAGCCGUUGGAGUAAUCACGCGUUAUCGUUCGAAAAGGAUCCAGUUUCGGGUUCAAGCCGCAGAUGAAAAGUUCCUGUCUUUGGAAGGAUCCACUAUGAAGAAGGUGGCUAGUCCAACACCUGUGACAGACUGGCAUAAGGAGAAAGCCCAAUGGUCCCACCUAGCGAGUCUUCCGCUCGGGGAGACAGGAGGAGGAGUUGACAUUUUAGUUGGAUUAGAUCACGCUCAUUUAAUAGCGGUCAUUCAAUCAAGAGUUGGAGCGGAGAAAGAGCCCAUUGCCUCCAAGACGGCGUUCGGGUGGAUCGUGCGAGGUUUUGUCGAAGGUCGAAUUGGGUGUAUCUCACCCGAGAACAAGCGAGCCCUCGAGAUCGUCCAGGAGAAAACGAAACGAUUAGAAGUUGGUUACGAGGUACCAAUCAUCUGGCGUGAGGGAGAGCCCAACUUAGACAGCAAUCGUCAGAUGGCGGAGAAUAGAUUUCGAAGCCAGUUGAGCCGUUUCAGACGUCAACCAGAGUUCGAGAAGGAUUAUCGAGCGGCCGUUGAGAAAUACCUAGACCAGGGUUAUGCCUCCCAUGUUCCGGAUCCAGCUAGCGCUCGGUACUUUCUAGCACAUCACGGAGUAUAUAAAGGAAAGAAACUACGAGUAGUCUACGACGCCGCCGCUGCCUUCAAAGGGAAAUGUCUGAAUGACGCAAUCAUCAGUGGUCCAGCCUUGCAGCCAUCAUUGGCCGCAGUCAUCACCCGUUUCCGUGAAGGAGAGAUUGCCUGGGCCUCGGAUAUCGAGGCCAUGUUCAACCGUUUUCGUCUUUCUAGCGAAGAUCUCCGUUGCAUCUUAGAAGACGCCGGAGUGCCAGAAAAUGUGAUCCAGGCCGUCAAGGAGAGAAUGUACAUCGACGACUAUUUGGGUUCCGCCUCAUCCGUAGCAGAAGUAGUCGAGGAAGCCGUCGCCGUCAAGAAUGCAUUGAGCAGCUCAGAUCUCAACCUCCAAGGCUGGAUUUCAAAUUCCAGUGAUUUCCUGCGAGCAGUAUCGAGAACGGAGCCGGCAACUGAUCCAGCCUCUUCUCAUCCACUCACGGGUGAAGGCACAGAAAGGGUGCUCGGAAUCGUCUGGGAUCCAAAGGCUGAUCUGCUGGGAUUCAAAGUGGACAAGAUGCUAGAUUCCGCGUUUUCAAGAGCUGAUUUGGUCAUUAAAGUGGCCAGCGUCUUCGACCAGUUGGGGACUGCAUCGCCUUUUAUCGUCAAGGCUAAGAUCCGUUUGAGAGUUCUGGGUCUCAAAGGGCUCGGAUGGACGGAUUUGAUCGCUGGUGACGACGAAAUUUGGUGGAGAAACUGGUUUCUCUCUUUAGAGCAGCUCAACACGUUGAAGAUGCCACGAUGUCUAUUUCCCGAUCGAGUUAAGAUCUCCAUGGUUGAGCUUCACGCUUUUGGAGACGCUUCGGAGGAAGCUUAG